AUGUUUGCCUCAAGUCCCAAGUUUGAACAACCUCUCCUGGAGGUCAGAGAUCGUCGUCCUCUAAGUCCUCUGGGCGCGGGAGAGGAUGAGGAUCUACGGAGUGUGAUCACACCCGCGUCACAGCACCAGCCAGGGUGUGGGCCGAGAAGGAAAUCUGCAGAGGUAGGAGAAAACUGUCGUCGGCGCAGAAACAGUCCCAGUUCGCGAGCGAUCCUCGGCAAAUCCUUCGAUCAAAAAUUGAAAGACAUGAAAUCGAUAAAGUUCUCAUUACUUUUACUUCUCUUCUCUUCGGUAGUCUCAAUAGAAAAUAAGGCUGCCUCAGACAAUGUUGGAGAGUUUUUGGGGCAGCUGACAUCAUUGUUGAACCAAGGUAUUCAACAGGGAGUUGUACCUUACCAGUCAGGUGGGGGUGGAUAUCCUCCACCGAGACCUUACCCUCCACCUCCUGGAACACCCUACCCUCCUGGACAACCGUAUCCUCCAGGCCCAGGUUCUCCAGGACCUUACCCUCCUGGACCCUAUCCACCAGGCCCCUACGGCCAGUAUCCCCCGGGAUACCCUGGUCAGGGCUUGGUCCCCGGACCCACCUCCAUUCUCGGAGCUCUCUCGUCCAUCGCCCGCUACGACGACCUCCGCUGUGUCCCUAGGCUGCUGUGCGAGGUGGCCUCUGGGGCGAGGCCCGGCAGCUACGGUUAUCCGUCGUACACCCAGGAAAGUCCGGUGCCUUUCCUCUCCAAGGAUGCUUUAGUCACGCUGUUGACUGUGCUCAACUUCGUUGACGACUCCCCACUUCUAGUCUUCGGCAGAGCGGCACUCCUUGGGUACACCUCCAGGGGUGACUCCCGGGCUUGUCUCGUCGCCUACCCAACCUGUCCAAGGGACCCGGACCAUCUUGUCGACUACCUCAACAACCACAACGGAGGUUUCUUCAGGUUCUUCAACCAGCAGUUGCAGCAGUACGCACCCCAGUACCAACAGUACUAUCCUCAAGGACCUCCACCAUACCCGGGCCAAGGAGUUCCUCCACCGUAUCCUCCCCAAGGAGCGUAUCCUCCUCAAGGACCCUACCCUCUACAAAGACCCUAUCCUCCACAAAGGCCUCCCCCUCCCUACGCUCAAGGAGCAUUCCCUCCUCAAAGACCUUCAUCGCAGUAUCCCCAAAGACCGCUGAGGCCUUACCCAUCCUACCCGUCCCCCGGACUCCCCCAGCAGUACUCCUCUCAACAUCAGAAGUACCAAAGCAGGAUACAGAACAAACCUGAGAACAUCCUUGAGUACAACUACUACACUUCUAACCCAGUAGACGAAGACGCUAAUCGACAAGCAUUCGCUGCAUUCCAGAACCAAGACAGUGGCAAAAACAAGUCUAAAUUAGUCUUUCCUGAUCAAGGAGCUCAAAGUACGCGAUUACAAAGUACCAGAACUGGUAAAACUCUUCUGUUUCCUGUAGAUGAUUCUAGAGACCAGUUGGUGUCGAAUAGAUUACCUGCUGAAAGACCGAUCUCCAUGAUUUUCCCAGACCGCACUGGCACUGGGGAUCUUCGUCUUGACGUUGAUGAGUUCGGGAACUACAAGACAGUUUACUACGAAUCCUUACAGCACUUUGAUAACUCUAACAGAGGUUCCAGGCAAGUAGCGUUCCCCUCAAAGACGAUGCAAUUCCCAAAGAAAACUAUGCAAUUUCCAACGCAGUAA